CACCCACCUAACAUUUGCGUAUGACCGUUUGUUCCUCGGCAAAACACUUUUUUAUAUUAUAAUAUUAUAAUAUUCAUAUUCCGCCAGUUAUUCACAUUAAUUUGUUUUCCGCGAAGAACUUUGCCAUUUCUGACAGGGUAAUUCCCAGCCCGGUCAAUUUCUCAUUUCUCUGCGCUAAGCCACGGCUAACGACCGAGUUGUUCACAAGUGUUGAUAGUGCAUAUGUAUACAUAAAAUUGUGAAACAGCACAAGUUGAACACAAAAGAGUUUCAAACUAGGCUGAAAAAUAGAUUGUAGACCCUGCCAGCGAUCAUAAUGAUCGCAUCUGAGAUAUCCGGGCUCUGUUUUGCGAAAAUUUGCGAGUUGCAAGCUCACGCAUAUGUGCGGUAGUGUGCGUGCGGUCUGUAUUUGAUGUACAUAUGCCCCAGCUCCACUGGAUGUGUUCGCCAGAAAACCCAAACAGCCAAGACGAUGGCUUUUCUCACCAUCCCGAGCGCUUAGACACGGGCGCGUUCUGAGCAAGUUCGAUUUGGAAGGAGAAACCCAAUUGUUUUUGUAGCCCCGACUACAAUGCUCUCGACAACAAUGCCCCGCAGUCCAGCCCAAACACAGUCACAGUCACAGCCGAACGCCGAUGCCCCAACAAGUGCAUCUGGGUCGAAUUCUGGAGUAGGGAUCGGCAAUGGGGUCGCCGGCACCAGCAGGAGCUCUCCGAAGACCCUCAAAAACGAGCCCUUUUCCACUCUGUCUCCGGAUCAAAUGAAAGUAAUGCCAGACGAAGGUACAGAGAAAAACGGACUAUCAAGUGGUGAUAAGGGCGUCGCCGCUUCGACCAGUGGUAACGGAGGAGGAAGCGGAGGAGGUGGAAGCAUACCAGCCGAGGGACAAUCAUCUUCCUUGAUCGCUACCGUGGGCACACCGGUACUGAGGCAGAACUCCUCGAGCAGCGUCAACUCGUGUCUGGUCGCCUCCCCGAACAACACCAGUGAACACUCCAAUAGCAGCAGUGUGUCUGCUACAGUGGGCCUUUCUCAAAUGGUUGACAGUGACGAGCAGGGCAAGAAAAAAAAGACCAGUGCGAAGGACGAGGAUGUCGAAAAAGGAUGUAAUAAAGCAAAAGGCACAGCUCCUGGCACUGGGUGCGGGACAGGGUCUACUUCCGGUCUAGCCAUCGGCAUUGCAAUUAAGGAAGAACCAUCAGACGUUUUGAGCAACUUAGUAAAUAUGAAAAAAGAAGAAAGAGAAAAUCACUCUCCAAACAUGUCCCCUGUCGGAUUUGGCUCCAUUGGUAAUGCACAGGACUCCUCCGCCACGCCGGUAAAAAUGGAAAGAACAACCGAUAGUGUCCCUGAAAAGAAGCCUUCUUCCUUGGUAAUAAGUAAUGACGAAAUGGGUAUGGAAAGCGUUAGCUGCAAUCCGUUGAACUCAGAUAUUAUCAGUGAAUCCUUAAGUAACCCGCCUAUUUCGAGCAUAUUAGCGAUUGGCAUGAACGCGUCUCAAGUAAGUGGAGUUGGACCAGGAACGGGAAUUGGAGCUGGAGCUGGUGUGGGUAGCCUCUUGACGGGAAACGGCAAUGUGCCAUCUUCGGGUGGAAGCAAUUGCUUGGAUUACAUGCAACAGCAGAACCACAUAUUCGUGUUUUCAACUCAACUGGCUAACAAAGGGGCUGAAUCGGUUUUGAGCGGUCAAUUCCAAACCAUUAUUGCGUACCACUGCACCCAGCCAGCCACAAAAAACUUUCUCGAAGACUUCUUUAUGAAAAACCCUUUGAAGAUGAACAAGCUGCAGCGCCACAAUGCCUUGGGAAUGCCAUGGAUAGGCAUGGGACCCGGAGGACCGACUGCGUCCAAUCCUGUAUCAAAGAUAACUCAACAUCAGCCGCAUUCAAAGCCUGCCAGCCUCUUGAAAAACCAGUUCACUCAAAAUGAAAACAGCAAACGUGGUACUGUGAACGUGCCGAACAACACUUUUGUCGACCAGGCCGAUUCCCUAGCCAAUGAUAAUGAACUGAUGUGCUGGGAAAGCGGACCCGGAAACAGCGGUGCCAGUGGUCCUGGGCAAAACUCACGAAACAAUCUCGACGGUAUCAGUGCUUCCAGCGAGUCCCAGGCAAUAAAGAUACUUGAAGCAGCUGGCGUUGAUCUGGGGCAGGUCACAAAGGGAAGCGACUCGAGUCUGACGCACGAAAACAACAUUGUUUCGCUGCAAGGAGUCAAGGUUCCAGACGAAAACCUUACACCGCAACAGCGUCAGCACCGUGAGGAGCAGCUGGCAAAACUGAAGAAAAUGAAUCAGUUUCUUUUUCCGGAAAACGAAAGUUCAGUGGGAGCAAAUGUGAGCUCACAAAUGCCGAAAAUCCCAGGCGACCUAAUGAUGGGCAUGCCGGGCGGCGGGGGAUCUAUAAUAAAUCCGCAAAUGCGGCAAAUGCAUAUGCCAGGGAACGUAAAACCGGAGCUCUUAGCAGGAAAUAACUCUGGUCUCCCAGAGGAGGUAAUGCUGCCCGGCGAUGUUAUAUCGGAUAUCAAUGCUGUAAUGGGCUGCAAUAGCAGUCAGAAAAGCAGCCUGCAGUGCGGAUCUGGAGUAGGACCUGGUGCUGGACCUGGAACCUCUGCAGGCGCGAUAAACUCCAGUAUGCACUGCUCAAGCUCUGCCGCUCCGAAUGGCAGUAUGAUGGGGAGCUCAGCGGAUAUGCUGGCGUCUUUCGGUAACACAAGCUGCAAUGCUAAUGUCAUCGGAUCUGUACCAGAUAUGUCUAAGGAGCUUUCAAGUCAAGAUGGCCUUUCCCAUUCGCACCAAGGAGGAGUGGCUCAAAUGGAGUGGUCGAAGAUCCAGCAGCAAUUCUUCGAGGAGCGCUUAAAGGGGGGUAAGGCCAGACAAGCGACCGGUCCUGUCGUCCCACCACAGCAGAAUGCCUCUGGAACAGGUGGCAAUGCGUCCAGUAGUCAAGUGCGUUCUCUGCAGGGACCACCGCCUCCCUACCAUUCCACCCAGCGAUCUGCAUCAGUGCCCAUAGCCACUCAGUCGCCCAAUCCUUCGAGUCCCAAUAACCUGUCCCUGCCUUCACCGCGCACCACUGGCGCAGUCAUGGGUUUGCCAACAAACUCGCCCAGCAUGGAUGGCGUAGCUUCGUUGUCUGGAUCAGCUCCCCCGGCUAUUACGACGGCGUCACAAGGAGGAACGACGGCAGGGCUCUCAGCGAACAAAAAUUGUUUUCAGACGGACAUCCCAUCUCCGUCAAACCAAAAUCGGAAUCGAAAUAGCGGAGCAUCAGGAGUACUCACUCAUAAUUUAAACAGUAACCCAAGCACUCCGCUGUCCCAUCUCUCCCCAAAGGAAUUGGAACCUUUUGGACAGCCUUCUGCUGGUGAUAACAUUAAAAGUAGACGACCCAGCCCACAGGGUCAACGGUCGCCAGGAAAUGGUCUAGAGGCAAAUAUAGAAGCUAGAUUUGCUGCCUCCAGUCCUGGUGUGAUUUUUAAUCCCCACCCGCAUAUGCAAAGCAAUCCUAAUUCAGCGUUGAAUGCCUAUAAAAUAGGCACUCCCAACAUGCAGAUGGAGCGUCAGGCUCCAGCCCAAGGAGGUUCCGUACAGUUUACUCGGCGUUCCGACAAUAUCCCGCUUAAUCCCAACAGCGGUAAUCGCCCGCCACCAAACAAGAUGACACAGAACUUCGAUCCCAUUUCUUCUCUGGCGCAGAUGUCCCAGCAACUAACAAGCUGCGUAUCCAGUAUGGGUAGUCCAGCCGGCACUGGUGGGAUGACUAUGAUGGGCGGCUCGGGACCUGCAGACAUGAAUAUUGAACAUGCUAUGAUUUCGGGACUAGAUGGACCGGGAAUGGAUGCCAUCAACCAGAAUAACUGUCAUCCAAUGAAUGUCAUGAACUCCAUGGGUCAGCGAAUGAUGAAUCCCAAAAUGUGCGUUCCAGGCGGUCCGAAUGGUCCGAAUGGCCCGCCAGGCUUUAACCCGAAUUCUCCCAAUGGCGUGUUAAGGGAGAGUCCCCUGGGACCUGGUCCAGUUCCUGGCACUGGGCCAGCCAACUCUCCAAACUUCCAAGGUGUUUUGCCGCCUGGUGCUAGGAUGAUGGGCCGAAUGCCAGUGAAUUUUGGUUCGAACUUUAAUCCUAAUAUACAGGUGAAGGCGAGUACCCCGAACACCAUACAGUACAUGCCAGUGAGACCGCAGAACCCCAAUAACAACAACAACAAUGGAGGCAGCAAUGUUCGAAUGCCACCAAGUCUGGAGUUCCUGCAGCGGUACGCCAAUCCGCAAAUGGCUUCUGUUGGCAACGGUUCCCCGAUCUGUCCACCGUCUGGUGGCGACAGUGUUCCUGGAAUGCCGGGAAUGCCGGGAAUGAUGGUAGGAUCUGGGUCAGGACCAAUGCUAAUGAACUCUCCCGGCGAGCAGCACCAGAACAAGAUCGCAAACAACCCUGGAGCAGGCAACGGCAUUAACUUCUUCCAGAACUGCAAUCAAAUGGGCAUGAUGGACGAAGAAGGCUUAGCCGGCCAUGACGUGGCCAUGAAUAUUGGUCAGCCGUCCAUGAUACGGGGCAUGCGUCCGCAUGGCAUGCGACCACAUGCAAUGGGUCCACGCAUGCAGGCUUCAGUAAACAGGCAGAUUCAGUUUUCACAUGGGUCGGAUGGUCUGGACUGCGUCGGGGAUCCUACAGCCUUCUUCAACAACGCUACCUGCAACAGCGCCGGCCCACCCAUGUUUGCAGCAUCGCAACAGUCCAAUCAGCCCAAGCCUCAACACCUAAAGAACAUGCCCGGCGGAAUGUGUCAAAAUCAAACCGGAUUAGGAGUUGGCCCUGCGGUGGGCCAAGGACAGAUCCAGAUGCAGGGUCAAGGCCAAGGGCAGGGGCAGGGUCAGUCAUUAAUUGGGCCCAGCAAUAAUAAUUUAAUGUCUGCUGCCGGAAGUGUUGGUCCCACGAACGGCAUCAACUUCGUUGGUCCCUCCUCCAACGACCUGAAGUAUGCACAGCAAUAUCACAGUUUCCAGCAGCAACUGUAUGCAACCAACACCAGAAGUCAGCAACAACAGCAGAUGCACCAGCAGCAGCAGGGCAACAUGAUAACGAUGCCGCCCAACUUGUCACCAAAUCCAGCGUUCUUUGUGAACAAAUGAACACUUUUAGUUCUGCUGCCCUCGCCAUGUAUUGUUUACUAGUCUCCAAGAUAAGACAUCAAUCUCUAAAUAAGAUUUUCACUAUGCUUAUUACCGUAGAUGUUUUUGCAAAGGAGAAAAUAAACACUUGUAAAAGCAAAUGAGAACGUUAGAAACAAGAUAUAUCAUUUGCAGCAAUUAGACGAGUCACAUAUGAGAUAAAUAUAGCAUCCCAUUCGUAUGGGCAGGUUUGGAUCUGUAUUUGGGUGCAUAUUUGAACAUGAUAGGUCACCGCUUCCCGAAUAUGUAUAAAAAAUAAACAUCGAAAUUUUAGUUAUUUGCAGCUAUUUUUCUGUUAUUAAUUAAUAUGUACGCUGCUCUCUGUGUUAAAUGCAAUUAAGGAAAUAUACAUAUGUAAAACGCUAUUAAUAUAUAUUACUCUCAACUUUAUUGUAAUCGAUGUUAAGAGAACUGUAAAUUCUUCCAUUAAAAAGAUAAUGAAAACAA